AUGGAUGCAACGGUCACUGCCCCCAGCAGAGCGGGUCCCACAAUGACUGAAGUUGUACACUACCAGGCGCGCUGCUCACCUCAUCUUUACGAGGAGAGUGGGACACGAAGGCGGGACGGUGGUAUAUCAGAGCUCAUACCUGAAGCGCCGGAGGGUGUGGCUGUCCUGCAGCUACAUACAAAAGAGAGUCAUGACUUUGACCUCGGCAGCUGCCCCAGCAGCAGGGCAGAGGGAAGCUGUGGCCUGCACAUUCUCACAGAUUUAAUAGGUACUGAUGGACACAUCCCUUCCACAGAGAAAGCUGAGGAAGGGAAGGGCUACCUGAAGUCAGAGGCAUCCGAUGCUGGUUUUCCCGGGAUAGGGUCAGACAGUGACCACCAGGUGAAGAAGGACUCUGCCCCUUCUCAAGUGCCCCAUCUUGUUCAUGUGGGUGAAACUCUGGCUGCUGCCCCUGAGGCCAAAGAUGACAAGCAGCCGCCCAGGUCAGCCCAGACCCUCCAGCUCAGGAACAAACCAAUGGUCUUUGAGCCUCUCUGGGAGAGGAUACAGAGGAAACACACCCAAGAGGAACACCAUACCUCCAAAUAUAAACUGGACCAGAAGACUAUAAUCGAUGGGAUUGAUUGUUGGGAGAGCCUGAAGAGACAAGCAUGCCUGUGGAGGAGGGAUGCUCAGCUUGUUAUGUCUGAGUGUGGGAGCACUUCAUCUUCAGAGGACAAGGCAGACUAUGUACUGUACAGACUCAACCCAAUCCCCAGACCAAGCUCACACUACCAGUCAAAAAGCUCUUCAAAAUCUGGUAAUUGCAGAUUAUUGAGUGUUGUAUGGGGUGCCAACUGACAAUCCAUGACAUAGAA